AUGACAUCAGCGCACAGUGCGAGAGGAUCGGCAUCGUCGCGAGGUGCUGAAUCGAUCGACGAUGGUCUCCGAUCAUCAACAACUUACGAUGACAAUGGAUUUCUACCAAUUCAUCGAGCAGUCUUUAGCGGUUAUGAAAUGACACUAAAAAAUAUCUUAGAUGACGCUCAGAAACGUAAUGAACUCAAUCAACAAUUAGAAAUCAAAACUGAGCGAACAGACUUAACACCUCUAUUAUUAGCUGUGACUGCUGGGCGAAUACAGAUGAUUUCAUUUCUGUUAAAAUACUCUGUAAAUAUCAAUGCAGUUGAUGCCAACGGAAAUGGCAUCAUUGCAAUUGCUGCGCUGUCACAGAACGAGCGUGUACUUCGUUAUCUGAUCGAAUAUUUUCUCACGGAAAAUUCGUACAAUGUUUGGAAACCUUUAGUCAAACUCUAUACUUCAUUAAGUGAAGAUGAAAGUAGUAUCGGUGGUCGUGCACUUGAGUCACUAACUCGUUCGAAAGCCGAUACAAAUGACGCAAGUCCAUAUUGGGAGUUUAUUAUAAAUAACGGACUCAUUCCAGCAAUAGUAGAUACGCUUACCGAGUCAAAGAAUGAAGAUACAUUGAUUAGUACGUAUAUGAUCCUGUUGAAUGCAAUUGAUGAACAACCACGUGUUCUUCAUGAAUUAAUACAGAAUAGGAAAGCAUUCAGUGCCAUGUUAAAACAUACACAUUCAAGGAAUACACAAAUUGUCACAUUAUUAGGUCGAUUAUUAGCAUUGCUGAGUAAGACAAGAACUUUCGGUCAGCCAAUGGUCGACUAUGGACUGUUCGAACCAGUGAUGAGUUUAAUCGACAAGGAGCGCACGCCUGAAAUCAUUGCUUCUUAUUUCGAUUGUAUGGCAAAUGUUGUUUCCUACGCACCGGUUUACCAAGUUCAAAUUGCAAAUUAUCCAUUAUUUCUUCCUGUACUGAUAAAUCAUUAUCUAGAAGAAUAUGAUUUAGAUUUAUCGUUAGCUGUUAUGGGUUUCAUUCGUCAACUAGUGCAUGAAAACGAAGAAGUUCAAAAUUUACUUGCACAAAAUGGCGCAUGUGAGCAUAUCAUCGGUGCUUUGACAGCGUCAUCAAAAGAAUUACAACAGAUUGCUAUUGAGACUAUUCGAGCGUUUACAGAAAAUAAUCCACAGACUCAAUACAUUAUGAUACGAGAAAAUGCCUUCGAACAAUUAUUGGGUUUACUUGAGAAGACUAGUGUGGCUAGUUUGCAGAUUGCCAUUGUUCGAACAUUAUGGACAUUGUGUGGGACAAAUUCAUCGCGUAAGCGGGAUGUCGCAACGCGAAUUGGUGUGAAAAGAUUGAUUAGCUAUUACGGUCUCAAAUCUGGUGAACAUUUACUUGCAUUAACUGAUAUUCUAACAGAAUUGACAAAACGUUCAGCAAGUGUGAAGAUAAAUAUCUCCGACGAAAUCAAUCGUGCAGUUGGAAUUCCUCCGAUAAUACGAUUAUUAACAUCGAAUAAUGAACUACUCGUUCUCAGUGCUCUACGAGAGCUACAACUACUCGCUUGUGCACCGGGCUUCAUUCCAAAUCUGUUGAAUCAAGAGACUAUUGUUAAAUUUGGUGGUAUCCGAUUUCUUGUUGCUUUGAUGAUGCAUGUUAAAAGUGAAGAGAUUCAAGUUGAAGCUGCUCAGACACUCGCUUGUAUUGCUCUAGCAAAUAGUCAAUGUUUAACACAGAUUGAAACGACGUUGGAUUUCUCCUAUACACGUUUGUUUACUCUAAUGGAAUCAAGCGAUCCGAUUGUUCAAUUGAAAGCAUCCAAUGUUCUAGCCACAUUCAUCUAUAACAACCGCCGACUGGAAGAAUUUCUUGUUCAACAAUAUCAAUUUCCAUUCGUUUACUUUCAACGAUUUCUCGAACACAAUAAUACUCAUGUUCGAUGUGUAGCUGCAUUUCAAGUUGUGGUUUUAGCGAAUCUGAUUCCAGAGCAAUCCCAAGCAAUCAACACUGCUAUUGGAUGUGGAGUAUUGAUGGAUGUUCUGCGCAUGUCUAAAUCAGAUGAUGGAAAAUCUGAUGCAGCUGAAUGCCUUUGUCGUCUUUCACAUAUGAAAUCAACACUUUUCCUAACUUUCGAAUGUUUAAUUAUAGUUACAAAAGUGUAUUAA